AGAAGGGCAUAGGGAGGACUAUACUGUUAAGUGGCAUAAUGAAUUCACUUGUCCAGCGCUACCAAUUACCCACAGAGAUUCGCUGAACGAAUUGCACCAGCAAACAGUCUGAAGAGCAAGGGGAAAAUCACACUAAAAGCAGCCCUCUCACUCUGAAGACCUAAUCUUCCUGUCACCAAUGACUGUCACCUACACGGCCAGAGUUGCAAACGCCCGCUUUUGUGGCUUCUCCAAGCUGCUUUUGGCCUGGAAAGGGAGCAUCUACAAGGUGUUAUACAAGGAGUUCCUGGCUUUUUUCGCCAUGUAUACUGCCAUCAGCAUCACAUACAGAUUUUUCCUCUAUGAUGACCAGAAGAGGUAUUUUGAAAAGCUGGCAAUUUAUUGCAACCAUUAUGCCAGUCUCAUCCCUAUGUCCUUUGUCCUGGGUUUCUAUGUGACCCUGGUGGUGAACCGCUGGUGGAGCCAGUACACCUGCAUCCCGCUCCCUGACACCCUGAUGUGCACCCUGUCAGGGGGCCUGCAGGGCAGCGACGAGCGCGGCCGGCUGCUGAGACGCACCAUGAUGCGCUACGCCAGUCUGUCGGCCCUCCUCAUCCUCCGCUCGGUCAGCACAGCCGUUUUCAAGCGCUUCCCCACCAUGGACCAUGUGGUGGAGGCUGGAUUCAUGACACGAGAGGAACGUAAGAAGUUUGAGAGUCUCCAGUCUCCCUAUAAUAAGUACUGGAUCCCCUGUGUGUGGUUCACCAACCUGGCCGCUGUGGCCCGCUGUGAGGGCAGGAUUAAAGACGACAGCACUCUCAAACUGCUGCUGGAGGAGCUGAAUGUGUUCAGGGGGAAGUGCAGCAUGUUGUUUCAUUACGACAUGAUCAGUGUGCCGCUGGUGUACACUCAGGUGGUGACCCUGGCUGUGUACAGUUUUUUCCUGGUGUGUCUGAUUGGUCGUCAGUUCCUGGACCCCAGCCAGGGCUAUCCGGGUCACGACCUUGACCUCUAUGUGCCCAUCUUCACCCUUCUUCAGUUCUUCUUUUACGCUGGAUGGCUCAAGGUUGCAGAACAGCUGAUCAACCCCUUCGGAGAAGACGAUGACGACUUUGAGACCAACUGGCUGAUAGACAGGAAUUUCCAGGUGUCCAUGAUGGCGGUGGAUGAGAUGUAUGGUGAUCUGCCUAUGAUCGAAAGGGACCGCUACUGGAACGACUCCAACCCUCGACCACCCUACACCGCCGCCACUCUCUUUGUCCUCCGCAAACCCUCCUUCCAGGGAUCCACCUUCGACAUGGCGAUCCCUAAGGAGGAGAUGCACUUCCAGCCUCUGGAGGACAUCGCUGAGAACCUGGAGGAGUCGGGCAGCCGUCACCCCAACAUGGCCCUCUUCAACCGCCUCCUCAACGCUGCCCCCUCCCCCACUGGCCUCAUGGGAGGGGCUCUUCGCCGCACCUCGGCCCAGCUCCAGAGGCUGCGCCACUCCCCCAGCAUUGACCCAUCCAUCAGUGAUGACGACGAUGAUGAUGAGGGUGGAAAAAUAGGUAAAGCUGGGUCUCUGCCCUCAGGGCUGGGCCAAGACACUCAGAGCACCGUGUGCAGCUUCAGGGGGGAAAUGAGCGCCCGAACGCCCCUGCUGGAGAUUCAGUUUGGGGCAGAACAGGAGAGGCGAGGAGGGCACCCUGCUGUAAACCAGGGCAAGGAGAUGAGGGUCGAUGGGGGGGCGGAGGAGAAGGGUGAUGCAGAAAGACAGAGGAUGGAGGACGGAGGGACUACAGACAGAACAGGAGGAGAGACCCAAGCUCCGGUGUCGCUGCUUCCUCCGCCCCUCCACCCCUCCAGAGCCGCCUCCACUCGACCGGCAUCAGCGAUUCCUGUCACCUCCCUUAACCCCUCUGCCCUCCCGCUCCGUCCCACCGCCCGCUCCACCCUCGAGCUCUUCAGCUCUCAGCCAAUCAUGAACAGAGCUGUGCCGGCCCUUCCCAAGCCUCCCAUUGGUGGAGCCAAGAUGUCCUUCCUCACUGUGCCAUCCUUCAGCGUCACUCAGCGUUUACGCAGUGUUAGUAUGGGGUCAGAGCUCACCGGCUCUUAAAUGGACAAUCAAUCUUAAAACUAUUUGAAACUAAACUGCUUGAAUCAGUGCACUCACCCCCAAUAACGAAAGGAUAGGUGAUAUUAUCAGUAGAGCAAUUAGUAAUAGACAUGUAACUAUAUUGGAUUUAUAUAAAAAAUCUAAUUUCGGUACUUUUUUUUUCUUUUUUUUUUUUUUGGAAUUUACUGCUGUGAAAGGAAAAACAAUCUUUACUUCCUGUCACAACUUAAGUCUGCACUGCCAUGUUAGGUAGCAACAUAGUUUGGACUAA